CCAGCCCUGGCAAACAGCUGUUCGGCGAUGUGAUAAUAAUUUCGGUUUCUUUUUCCUAACACGUUUGAUCCAUAACAAAAUCCUAUUUUCUGAAUUGGAAUCGUAUUGGAAUCGUCUUGGUAGAGAUGUCCGCGCUUCCUAACGCCGGAAAUCAAGAAUCGGCGCCCGCGGCGCCCAGGAUGUUUGGGGAUGCGGAUCUGGACAGGAUGGCCAUGCAGUUUGUAGGCAAUCUUCAGCACUACCGCGAAAACAUCGUAAUCCCCAAGAGCAACGGCCCGGUGAAGAUCAAGACCAACGAGGAGAAGUACAUCGAGUCGGCGGUGGAGAGCUGCGGCUUCAAGUGCGCCAUGGCUUGUGUGAUGGGCUAUGGCUUGGGAGCAGCCUUGGGCUUGUUCAGCGCAUCAGUGAAUCCCAGCAUGGCCGACCCCUUUGCGAAUGAGAAAAAGCAGACAGCCAGGGAGGUGUUCCGUGAAAUGCGUGCGACCACCCACUCCUAUGCCAAGAAUUUCGCGCUGAUCGGUUGUGUAUUCUCCGCAGUGGAGUGCACAAUCGAGAGUCAUCGCGGAGUUACUGACUGGAAGAAUGGCACCUACGCCGGAGGCAUCACCGGUGGACUGAUUGGGCUGCGGGCUGGCGUUAAAGCGGGGAUCAUUGGAGGACUGGGAUUCGCCGCCUUCUCAACGGCCAUCGACUACUAUAUGCAUUCUAGAUAGGCACAGUUUUAUCGGUUACCUUGUUUCGUAUAAAUGUUUGUUUCUAACUAA